AUGUCGGACGACGAUUUUAUGCAGGCCUCUGAUGAGGAGUAUGACUUUGAAUAUGAGGACGAGGAUGAGGAGGAGAAUGGCGAUAUUGACAUCGAAAACAAGUACUAUAACGCGAAACAGACCAAAACGAGCGACCCCGAGGCCGCCAUUGCUGAGUUUAUAGAGAUACCACCGCUUGAGCCAGAGAAAGGAGAAUGGGGCUUCAAGGCGCUCAAACAGGCCAUCAAACUAGAGUUUACCCUCGGGCGAUAUGCAGAUGCCAUAAAACACUACCAAGAGCUGCUCACAUACGUCAAGUCGGCAGUGACGCGUAACUACUCAGAAAAGUCCAUUGAUAACAUGCUCAACUUUGUCGAGAAGCAGGCCGACAACCCCGAUGCUGUCGCGUCCAUCGAGAAGUUCUACUCUUUAACGCUGCAGUGCUUUCAGACGACGAAUAAUGAGCGCCUCUGGCUUAAGACGAACAUAAAACUUGCGAAACUGCUGCUCGACCGCAAGGAGUACCACGCCGUCUCCCGCAAGUUGCGCGAGCUGCACCGUACAUGCCAGAAAGAAGACGGCUCGGACGAUCCAAGCAAGGGCACUUACCUGCUGGAAAUCUACGCGCUCGAGAUCCAGAUGUACUCCGAGACACGCAACAACAACCAGCUCAAGGCACUCUACCAGAAAGCGCUUAAGGUGCGCUCGGCUGUGCCGCACCCUAAGAUCCAGGGAGUGAUCCGCGAGUGCGGCGGCAAGAUGCACAUGAGCGAGGAGAACUGGGACCAGGCACAAAGCGACUUCUUCGAGGCCUUCCGCAACUACGACGAAGCGGGCGACAUCCGCCGCAUCCAGGUCCUCAAAUACCUCCUGCUCGCCACGAUGCUCAUGAAAUCCGACAUCAACCCCUUCGACUCGCAAGAAACCAAGCCCUACAAAAACGAUCCCCGCAUCGCCGCAAUGACCGACCUCGUCGACGCCUACCAGCGCGACGAUAUCCACAAGUACCAGUCUGUGCUCUCCUCUAACACCGACCUCUUGUCAGACCCCUUCAUCGCAGAAAACAUCGACGAAGUCACCCGUAACAUGCGCACCAAAGCCGUCCUCAAACUCAUCGCGCCCUACACGCGCAUGCGCCUCUCCUGGAUCGCCCAACGCUUGCAGAUCUCGGAGUCCGAGGCCCAAGAUAUCGUGGGUUACCUCAUCGUUGAUGGCCGUCUGCAAGGCCGCAUCGAUGAGCACGCUGGCACGGUCGAGAUCGAGUCUCGUGCGGAUGCGGACCGGGCGAGGGCGAUCGCGAGUAUGACAGGGGCAGUGGCAGAGUUGUAUAAGGCGAUCUUUAGAGAUGGUGAAGGUCUCAAGAGUACGGUGCCCGAUGGCGCGGGGGCUGCGACGAGCGCGUUUGUUGAUCCGCUGGCGGCGGAGUUCGGCGGCGCAGAAUUCAGUCAGAUGGGGGCUGGACGAGGGCUGGGAGGAAGGAGAGGGCUCAGGAGGGGGAAGAGUCUCGUCGGCGCUGCGCAUUAG